AUGCACAGAGUGCAGGCGAGACGGAUUUCCUUUUGCUUCGAUCCAUGCAGUGCAGCACACAACACACGGGAUGGAGAGCGGCUUCUUGCCGCUGCUGCAAUCUUGCCUCCACCCACGGCGGUUCCGCCAGCAGGCACAACCGCUGAGGAUUCCUCUACCUGUGCGUUGCAUGUGGCAGUGCUGCGCGCGCUGUCUUUACACUACAGGAAUUUGGUGCUGCUGCAACACAGCACACCAGCAGGGGAUAACCAGCAGCGCCGACAUCAGAAAAAGCCUCCUUUGUUGCUCGUCGAUGGUGAUGUGCGCUUCUGCUACGGCUGGCGCGGCAGCGCUCUUGCCCCCGCAGGUCAAGCGCGCUUUGGCCUUCGAGCAACACGACAGAUAGCAGCAGCUGCCGCUGCUGCUAGCGCGAGCAGCAGCGUUCCCCUGGUAGGACGACUGCCACUGGCGCUGCUGCCUGUGGAGGGGAGCCCUCAAUGGAGGCAGCAAGCGGCUGCAUGCGCCGCAGAGACAGUGCGGCUGCUGCUGCAGCUGCUGCGCUUUGACCUACAGCAGCAGCGACUACAACACAAGCAGAGCCAAAGCGUCUUCCACAGCGCACUCUGGCGACUUCUCGGCUUAGGCCAUUGCAUUGCAGCGCAAAUUGGAGAUUACGUUGCUUCUGCUAUUAUUGCACCUGCAGCUGCAAGGGCAGUGCUUGAAGAUCCAGAUACAACAACGCAAGCAGCACGACAUGAUGCAGGUCCUACCGCUGAGGACGUUCUCUUGCUGCUUCGGCAUUUCUUCCGCGCCGAAGCCGUCGCCACUGGUAGGCUUGCUGCCGCUGUUUCUCUCCGUGAUUACCGCAGAUUCUGUGACGCCUGCUUUUUCCCCCCUUGUGUAUUCGCUGCCGCUGGUCUUGCUGCUUGCGCCACGGAUCCCUGCUUGGUGCAGACGGAGCUCCUUCUGCACAUGUUUGGCUGGCCGCUGCUGCUGCCUUCCUUUGCUGUUGGAGGGGGGGAGAAGCAGCAGCAGCAACAGCAGCGGGAGAAAGAGGAGCAGCAGCAGCAGCAGGUGCUCUUGCAGGACGAAGCCCUUGCAUCCCUCGAGGAGCUCCUCUUCAGCGCUGCCGAUGCAGCAACCGAUCGGAGUGCUGCUGCAGCAGCCACUGCCGUUCCCGCAGUCGCAGCCUUCCCCGCAAUGCGAAGUGCUGGCACUAUCGUGUCUGCAGCAAGUGCUGCUGAGGCUCUGCAUCGGGAAGCCCCUUUUCUUCGGUCUAAGCUGGAAAAGCAGGUCCAGGAACGUACGGUGCCAGCGAGUAGUACGCAGCAGAGAGAAAGAGAGAAGCUGCCACACAGGCGUCAACUGCUGGAGCACUGCGCCGCCGAGGUUCUCCAACUCAACUCGUUGUAUGAGGCUUUGAGGCGCGUCUACCCGUUGCAGCAGUCUGCAGCAGCAGCAGCAAGUGCCCCCUCAAUGAGGCUUGGCGUAUGCGUGGCUGGAAACUUGCUGUCUAUGCUCUCUCUUCGGCGGCAGCGACUUGCCAGUGCCGCUCCAGCAGGGGCAGCAGCCUCCUUUUCAUGCCCCUUGUGGUUUCUGGCAUCCCUUCGUCUCUGCGGCUGGGCGUGCCCCUUCGAUCUGCUGCGCUCCAGUCUAUUGAGCCCAGAGGAGCAGCGGGCACAGCAGCUCCCACAGCAGCUCUUUCCCCCCAGCACAGCACCCCCGGAUGAGGUGGUAAGCGCGCUCGCCGUUGCUGCUGUUGCUGCUUUCGCGAGGUCGUAUGUCCGCGGCAUUGUUUGGGGGGGGGAGUUGCUAACGCGCGGUCUUGCCUCCGCCUCUCAGGACUCAUUGCACGCUCUUCAGUUGCUGACUUUGCUGUGCUCGCCGCAGCUGAGGCGCCAGUUGGUUGUUCUUACAGAAGGGUGGGCUGUCGAUGCAUUCUUCACUGCUGCACAAGCUGCUCCUCCUACAGAGGUGGCAGGAGUAACAGCAGAAGAAACGACAGAACUCGAAUCAGACUCUGAAAGCGAAGCAGAGGAUCAAGACAGCACCGCCAACAUCCACAGUCACUGCUGGGAGCACAAGUAUUCAGGUCAGUUGGCGCUUCACGCUACGAAUUAUGGUGUCUUGAAGUGGGGUGAGGACACAGCUAAAUGUUAUGCGCCUCCAGUGGACGGCCUGUGCUGCACCCCACCAGAGCUAGCCGCUUGUGGGCGCGUUUUUUUCACCGCAGGUGCUGAGCGGCUUAUACUGAAUGCUCUCUCCGUUAGUACCCCGCUUCCCCUGAGGCUUCUUCGAGCCAUCAAGACUUUCGUAAGCUUGCCGCGCCGCUGCUUAGAGUAGCGAGACAGCCACACGAGCAGAAGCCUUGCUUCACGUUGGGGAGCUGCGGCUCUGGAAUGCAGGUGUGGCAAAUCGGUCGACCGCUUCUUCGGGUGUGUUGGACAGCCCCCCGAGUUUAACAGCCAAUGGGGAGAAGCGAUGACCGACGACUCCGAAUUGUUGGAGGAAACAGGGGAGGAUCGGAUCAUCUCUGGGAACGGCGGCAGCAGCGUUGGAUUUUCCUUAAGGCGCAGCGACCUGCGGUGGCUGUUGCUGACAUUGAAUCGUCUCGCCUGGCUUCUCUUGCGAGCUGCGUGCGCAUCCGCUUGCCCGCAGCAGCAGCAGCAGCAGGGAAAGCAGGAGUUUUCAGCGUUCCUUCCCGUUCCACUUGGAGCCAGCAAUAAGAGCAGCAGCAGCGGAAGGCGAGGAUGUAGACGAGACCGGUUGUGGCAGUUGGUUCCUGGAGUCCUACGGGAGCUGCUAGAUCUUAAUGGGAGGGUAUCUCUGGUGACGUACGAGGAGCUGGUGCUGCCUGAUGGUCCUGCCUCCUUGAUUAUGUCCGCUGCUGGAGGGCAGAGACUUCCUGCUCUGUGGGAGUGCCUCGUGUGGUGCAUGCGGGGGGGAGACGCGGCUGCAGCAGCUGCUGUUGCCUCUCCUGGCAAUAACAUCAAUAGCAGCAACUCUGCGGCCGGAGCAACAACGCCCUCAGGGCGAGGACACCUCGAGAUGCCUCUUCCAAGCUUCCGCCUGUCAAAUCUCCCCACGAGGCUCCUUGCUUCAUCGUUGGUCUACGUGCCUCAUACCAUUGCCUUCCAGGAUAGGCUGGCGGUGUUCUAUCAGCUUUUGGCCUUCGAACGUGGGGACUCUUCUUCUGCAUUUCUCCAUCGACGCUGCUUUCAGAUCAGGAGAACGCACAUUGUUGAAGAUGGACUCUCUGCAUUGCUCAAUGGAGAUAUAAUGCGGGGAUUCCAGGUGGAGUUUAUCACCGCCGAAGGAACCCCUGAGGCUGGCAUUGAUGGAGGAGGGCUCUUAAAAGAGCUUAUAGUGGAGCUGUCUCGACGUGCGUUCGACCCUGCUUACGGGCUCUUCAAUACAUGCUCGGACAACACCCUCUUCCCCAAUCCCUCUGUGGAGCUCCUCCAUUCCAAUUUUGCAGAGCUCUUUGUCGCAAUGGGGAAACUCGUCGGCAAGGCCGUAUUUGAAGGAAUACUCAUAGAGCCUCAGUUGAACCGUGUGUUUUUGAAGCUGUUGCUUCGCCGGCCUUGUCGUUUGGACGAUAUCAAAAGCCUUGACCCUUCUGUACAUCGGAGCCUUAUGUUGCUCAAGAAGUACACGGGUGAUGCUACGGAGCUGUCCCUGACGUUUUCUAUUAUGCGUUCCGAGUUUGGAAGCCAAGAGGAAGUAGACCUCAUCCCCAAUGGGCGCAAUAUCCCCGUUACCAAGUACAGUGCUGCUGCUGUUAACUUUUCUCUUGCUCCAUCUGCCAGCGCUGCUCCUCGCUAA